AUGGUAACCCACCCACAUCGAGACGGAACCAGCCAACAUCAAGACAAACAUCCAAGACACCAACACAUGAUUCUUAAAAGACACACCACAACUCUAACAUCAACCCCAGGGCACCCUCGGUCCCCUUCCGGCCCGACCGUGGGGGAGCCGCAACCCAGGCGGUACACAGGCUCUAACCCUAACCCUAACCUCAAUCCCCCAUACCCAGACCACCUAAACCAACACCAGACACCCUACCCAGUCCCACUCCCCAAGCCAUCCACAAAACAAAAGGGAGCAAAGCACACCCACGAACCAGGGAGACACACAGGCAAACCGAAACAACUACCUGAACUG